UGUAUCCAACAUGUCGGCGCCCGUGGAAGUAGUGCUGUCUGCAGAUUCAGCGGGUCAGCUGUUUAACUGUGCGGUUUAUGACCCCCACACCGGGUCAGAAUUCUUAUCCUAUCGUGGAGGAAACACCUCUUCCAGGUCUUUAACGGUUCUAAACGGAGAAUAUAUAUUAGGAGCUCAACUCGGCAAGAACUACAUAAACGUGUGGGAGAUCCAAAGGAAGGACCAGCUACAGCAGAAGAUUGUGUGUCCUGGGAUCGUUACAUGUCUUUGCGCAUCUCCUGAUGGUCUCUAUGUACUAGCAGGCAUCGCUGAAGCUAUAUACCUGUGGGAGGUGUCAACAGGAAAUUUGUUGGCCAUUUUGAGUCGCCACUUUCAGGACCUGAGCUGCAUCAAAUUCACCGAUGACAGCAGUCACUUUGUGUCUGGUGGGAAAGACAAUCUGGCUUUCAUAUGGAAUCUCUCCAGUGUUGUUCAGCUGGAUUCAUCCCGAACACCAGAACCACGACACAUUCUGUCCCGGCACUCUCUCCCAAUCACUGACAUCCACUGUGGCCUGAUGGGACCACAAGCCCGUGUAGCCACUGCUUCCUUGGAUCAAACUGUUAAGGUUUGGGAAAUAUCCUCUGGGGAGAUGCUGCUGUCUGUCCUCUUCGAUGUUGGCAUCAUGUCAGUGACUUUUGACCCCUGCGAGUAUUUUCUGUUCUGUGGAGGGAGCGACGGCAACAUUUUUCAAGUCUCUCUCUGCAGCACGAGUUUAAGCCGGGAUAAAACCUUCCAGUCGGACAGCGAAGGCAAUCAGGUGUUCAAAGGACACAGAAAUCUGGUGACAUGUCUGUCAGUGUCCAUGGACGGCACCGUCCUUCUUUCUGGCUCCAAUGAUGAGACCGUCCGCAUGUGGGAUGUUCAGAGUAAGCAGUGCAUAUGGACCAUCAACCACAGAGGUCCUGUGACCAAUGCUGCUAUCAUACCAGCACCUGCCAACAUGUUUCUUUCUGACAGUCAUCCAGCCGUCCCGCUGCCACGGUUCAGUCGCCACCUGAACCCCUCCGAGCAGGGUGAUGGCACAGGCACCGGAGGCAUGAGUCUCAGACUGGGAGCUAACACACAGGAGCCGGAGGGAACGUAUUUGGAGAAAGCCGAAGAGCUUUACUCUCUGAUGUGUGCUGUGACAGACAAGAGUGUGUUUGGGGAUGGAGAGAACACAAAGGUACGAGUGUCUGAACUGGAGGAGGAGGUGAGGACCCUGAAAAAGAUCAAUAAAGAUCUGUAUGAGUUCUCAACUCAGCUGCUCACCAAACCCAACUAGAAGAGCUUCCGUCAUUGCAGUCGGAAAUCAACAAGGAGCAAAAUGCAUAAAAUGUGACUUUGGAUUGGACUGAAAAUGGCAACUGUUCUUUCUUGCCUUAUAUUUACGUCCUUAUGGCAGGAUUGUUUUCUCCAUAGAUCUCAACACAAGCUCAUGCAUUCGUGAUGUGUUUUUUGUGGUAACAUUUACUUUUUGUAUUACUGUAGACUUGUAAAUCUUUUCUGAAGUUUAAGUAUCUGUUUUGUAAAAGAAUUGGACCUGUACAUUUAAAACAAUUAAUAAAAAUAAAAAAUAAAAAUGUUCA